AAGGAAAAUGGAAAAAUGGGACCGUGAACGCUUCUCGUCUCGGCUAUGUGGCGUUCUUACACCCUGCUCUCUUCCUUUCAAGGGAGUGAAAGUGGCCAGCCCCUUACCGAGGACCAUGGGCUUCUGAAAGCGUGACGAGACGGUGAAUCGUGCCAGGCACCAUGUCCACCACAGGCAUUGCAGCUCAGGAGGUCAGCCUCUCCUUGAACGCCGGCUUCCUCCGUAAUGGGAGCCUGGAGGCCUGUUGCCACAGAAGCCAGCUUAAAAAUCCUUUCUUCAACAUGGACUCCGUAGUGAUGGCCUGCGAUUUGAACUCAGGGCACAAUUCCUUAACAUCCAUUGGCCAGAUCUCCUCUCCUGAUCCAGACCGCGGGCGCAGCUGCGUUGUGCCUCUGAGAGGCAGCCCUUCUCUCCUUCGCCCCCCGAUCCAUUCCAGCCCAGAAGCCAGCCUCGCUUCCAGCUUCAGUGGACUUUCUCUGAGUGUGACACGGAGCUUUGACGAGAUGCCUCCUCACACCCCGGGGAAGGGCGGGGCACUUCUCUCCCCUGCCACAUCUUCUCACGAGCGAAGUGCCCGGCCUCUGCCCCCGCUGCCCAUUGCUGAAGGCUUCCUGCAUGAUGAGGUGGACCGCGAAGUGGAGUUCCUGACCAGCUCAGACACUGACUUCUUGCUGGAGGACUGCAGCAGCCCAGCUUUCAAACCCUCUGCUCAGGGCAGGCGAAGCUUCAGGGGCUGUGGGCAGAUUAACUACGCCUACUUUGAUGCGCCAGCAGAGGCGAAGCCAGAGCAGAGUGGCUGCCCCCCUCCACCGCCUCCACACCAGUCACACCGGCGGUUGCGCCGCUCUCAUUCUGGGCCAGCCGGGUCCUUCAACAAGCCAUCGGUCCGGGUCUCCAGCCACGUCUGCCGGUCCUCCCCCAGCUCUGAUGACGAUAAACCAGAGGUUCCACCCAGAGUCCCUCUGCCUCCCCGGCCACUCAAGCCGGACUAUCGGAGGUGGUCGGCCGAAGUGACAUCCAACACCUGCAGUGACGAGGUCAAGCCUCCAAAGGUCCCUCCGAGAGAGCCUCUGCCCUGGAGCAAUUCUCGAACGCCGAGCCCCAAAACCUUGCCAGCGUAUCUCCAUGGGGUCAUGCCCCCGACCCAGAGUUUUGCCCCAGACCCCAAGUACGUCAGCAGCAAGUCCCUCCAGAGGCAGCACAGCGAGGGCUCUGCCCACAAGGUCCCCUGCAUCCUCCCCAUCAUCGAGAACGGCAAGAAGGUCAGCUCCACCCACUACUACCUGCUGCCGGAGAGGCCUCCCUACUUGGACAACUAUGAGGUGUUCUUCCAGGAGGCAGAGGAGAGCGGCUCGCAGCCGGGGGGGGCAGCAGCAAGGCAGUGAUGCCACCACGGUCGCCACGGCUGCCCUGGGAGGACUGGUGAAAUGCAAACACUUGCCCUGCACGGUGUCUCCAAGGGGCCGGGAACCACAGGGCCAGGGGGAAGACUUUGGAUCCGAGGGUGACAGACGUUCUCCGAGGGACACGUGCAGAGACUUGGCCUGGAGGCCGGAGGGAAGCCAGGAAGGCCCGGCACUGGGGCCUCCGGGGCGGGGGGCGAUGGCAGCGGCAUUCUGAGCUCAGCCGCCGACGCCAUUUGCACAGGCAGGAGGAGACUUUGAGAGGAACAAGCAUUUGCAGCUGAGGUUGGCCAGUUACUGAAUAUUCUAGAGUAAUAUAUAUAUGUAGAAACUCACCUAAUUAGAAAAUAAUUGCAGUCUUGCUAAGAAGACCAGCGGCUUAAGCUGAAAGCAAAGAAGAAAGCACAGUUCAGUAUUUUUGUUGGUGUUAACAGGUAUCUUUCUGCUUGGUGGUAGGUAGCCUCUUAAAUUAUUUUUUUUCCCCCAGGAUGUUCUCUUCCCUUGGAAGGGGUGGCAGAGCUGCUCCAGCCUGAAGUACCCUCCUGUGGGAAAAACAGGGCAGUGGGCACAAUUGGCCACCCACUUCCAGACUCCGCAAGCUCAUCCGUCUACCUUUGCUUGCACCUACGCAGUCUGGAUCCAUGCAGUCAGGCUGGAUCGGCAGGGCGACUGUCCUCAUCGUGAGCCCCAGGAAGGAUUUAUUUGAUUUCUCUGAAUCAGCAGCUGCAUUUCUGCAGCUGGAGAGGGGUUUGUGUUGCCACGUAAACUAAAAGAAGCAUUCCAAGUAAGACACUCUCUUCGUUUGAAAAGGGGACCAAUUUCUUCUCAGGAAGGAAGGGCGUGGAUAGAAGACCAGGUGGCCCAGGCUGGUCUUGGGCUUGGGCUUGGUCACGAGUCUUGCAGACGAAGCCUGCUUGGUCCCUGGGGGCGGCCCAGGCCCUCUGAUUUUCCCUUUCCCACUCUUUCUGAUCCAUAGAGGGAUGGGUGCAAAGGUCUGCCUUUCAUCCCUCCUCCUUUUCCAUCUGCUCACACACAUGCACACUUUAUAAUAACCAGAAGGCAAAAGGUGCUCCGUGGUCAAGGUCUGUCCAUGAUCUUUUGAUUAACAUAAACCCAAUUGUUUACACUUACCUAACUGCUAAAUGAGAACAUUUUUCUGAAAUUUUAGGAAAGCUGACAGUUCUAGUACAAACUAAAUGAAGGCAACAUUAAUUACAUGUUAUAGAAAUAAUGCACUGAAAAAUAUGUAUUGGAUGUACAGUAUUGAGGAAUUAUGUUCAGUUUGUAUUUUGGAUAUUGUCAUGUCUUGAAUUUAAUAAAGUUAUUAUAUACUUA